AUGUCUUCCCGGAGCAACUCCUUUGUUGAAAGAUUUGGGAUGCUUUGGAUAUGGCUUGCCUCCUUAACGUUUACUUGUCUGGUAACGGCACAGAAAAACGAAACUGUGUUUAACGAUUAUUGCAAGAAAUCGUCAACAUGUGAAGCACUGAAAUACAAUACAUGUCUUGGUUCGCCGUUACCGUACACUCACACGUCCCUAAUUCUGACGGAGGAUUCAAGUACCCAAGAAGAAGCUUUUGAGAAGUUAGCCAUGUGGUCCGGUUUGAGGAACGCCCCGGGGUGCUGGGCGGUUAUUCAGCCCUUGCUGUGCGCCGUGUACAUGCCAAAGUGCGAGAACGGGCGAGUGGAGCUGCCCAGCCAGAGCCUGUGCCAGGCCACGCGCAAACCCUGCGGCAUCGUGGAGCGGGAGAGGGGCUGGCCAAACUUCCUCCAGUGCACCCAGGACAGGUUCCCCGUGGGCUGCCAGAACGAGGUGCAGAAGAUCAAGUUUAACACCUCCGGGCACUGCGAGGCCCCGCUGGUGAAGACGGACAACGAGAACAGCUGGUACGAGGACGUGGAGGGCUGCGGCAUCCAGUGCAACAACCCGCUGUUCACCAACGAGGAGCACUCGGACAUGCACACCUACAUCGCUCUCUUCGGCUCCAUCACCCUCUUCUGCACCUUCUUCACGCUGGCCACUUUCCUGGCGGACUGGAAGAACUCCAACCGCUACCCGGCCGUCAUCCUGUUCUACGUCAACGCCUGCUUCUUCGUGGGCAGCAUCGGCUGGCUGGCGCAGUUCAUGGACGGCGCCCGCACGGAGAUCGUGUGCAAGAGCGACGACACCAUGAGGCUGGGGGAGCCCACCUCCACGGAGACGCUGUCCUGCGUCAUCAUCUUCGUCAUCGUGUACUACUCCCUGAUGUCGGGGGUCAUCUGGUUCGUCAUGCUCACCUACGCCUGGCACACCUCCUUCAAGGCCCUGGGCACCACUCACCAGCCUCUGUCUGGGAAGACCUCCUACUUCCACCUAGUCACCUGGUCCAUCCCUUUCGUGCUGACGGUGGCCAUCUUGGCAAUAGCACAGGUGGACGGAGAUUCGGUCAGCGGGAUCUGCUUUGUGGGUUAUAAGAACUACCACUACCGCGCGGGGUUUGUGCUCGCCCCCAUAGGCCUGGUGCUCAUCAUCGGGGGCUAUUUCCUCAUUCAGGGUGUCAUGACGUUGUUUUCAAUCAAAAGUAACCACCCAGGGCUUCUGAGUGAGAAAGCAGCCAGCAAAAUCAACGAGACGAUGCUGAGGCUCGGCAUAUUUGGAUUCCUGGCUUUUGGCUUCGUCUUCAUCACCUUCGGCUGCCACUUCUACGACUUCUUCAACCAGGCCGAGUGGGAGAGGAGCUUCAGAGAAUUUGUGUUCUGCGAGGCCAACGUGACGAUCGCCCAUCAGACCAAUAAGCCGAUUCCAGAGUGCACCAUCAAGAACAGGCCCAGCCUGCUGGUGGAGAAGAUCAACCUGUUCUCCAUGUUCGGAACGGGCAUCGCCAUGAGCACCUGGGUGUGGACCAAGGCCACGCUGCUCAUCUGGAAACGCACCUGGUUCAGGAUCCUGGGACGCAGCGACGACCAGCCCAAGAGGAUAAAGAAGAGUAAGAUGAUCGCCAAGGCCUUCUCAAAACGCAAAGAGCUUCAGCAGGACCCGGAAAAGGAGCUGUCCUUCAGCAUGCACACCGUCUCUCACGAUGGACCCGUCGCUGGUAUCAACUUUGACCUGAACGAGCCGUCCAUUGACAUGUCCUCCGCGUGGGCCCAGCAUGUGACCAAAAUGGUGGCCAGACGAGGAGCCAUCCUGCCCCAGGACAUCUCCGUCACGCCCACGGGAACACCAGUCCCACCCGACAAUAAGAAUAAGCAGCUGUGGAUGGUCGAGGCAGAGAUCUCCCCGGAGAUGCUGAAGAAGAAGAGGAAGAAGAAGAGGAGGAAGAAGGAGGUGCGGCCGCUGGGGCCCGAGGAGCAGCCCUACGACCCAGACCGUCGCCGCGGAGACCGCGCCCCUCCGAGCUCGGUGCCUCGGCUCCCAAAACUGCCCUUCCACCGGAGCCUGGUAGCCAAAGGGAGCGAGCAGCCGCAACAGGAAGAGGAAGUGCUCCCGGGGUCCCUGCCCGAGUUCAGGCCCUCGCACCCGCUGCCGUACCAGGAGCGUUAUGGCGUACUGGGGUUCCCUUCCUCCGCCGACCGCUGCCGAUACUCCGGCCUCCGCCCGGACAACGGCGGCGGAGAGCCCCCGUCCCUCGGCGACGGGCGGCCCGGGGGGCGGAGCCUGGGCCUGGCGGGGGCCGGCGAUCGGGGCUACGGCUACGGCUACGCCCCGCCCUGGCAGCGGCCCGGUGCCGGGAUGUUCCGGAACACUGCGGAGGAGGAGGAGCCCGCGGCGGGGGGUUCCGGGAGGGCGGGGCACCGCGCGGUGAGGACUCAGGGCAGGAGGGCGGGGCUCGCCCCCAUCCACUCCCGGACAAAUCUGAUGGACGCCGAGCUGGUGGAUGCCGACUCGGACUUUUGAGAGGAUGUACGGUCCGGCCACUUUUGUACCAGUGUGUAAGCAAGAAGUGCUGGAAACUUUUUAAGACUUACAAAACUCCCCCCUCCCCUCCGCCACCUCCCCCCAAUUUAGGCAGUUUUACGAGAAGAAAACUAUUUUAAUUUUUUAUUUGGCAAUCUUUUAAAAAAACACACAAAAAAGAAAAGGAAAAAAUUCAAGGGGUUUCAGGUUACUGAAAAUCAGCUCUGUGGUCACAUGGUCCAAUGAGAAGUCACGAAAACAAUCCCGGAGAGACAGUCCACUGAUCAACACAGUCACCUUUUCAGGAAAGCAGCCAUGUUCAUAUUUGAAAAGAUAACUUUAAAGUGUCUUACAAUAUAUUACAGAAAUGUAAUAUAUCAAAGAUUCAUGUUCUAACUUUGAAAAAGAAGGCAAUAUGCUGUAAGGACAAGACUGACUUGGGCUAUCACUGUUGAUAAAUAUACAUAAAAUCUAUCUGAUAAAUAUGGAUUUUUUCAUCAGUAUUAUUUCACCAUCUGAGAGCUGUAUAACGACCAGUUACACCAGUGUUGCCCAAGGAGGACUGAUCGAUUUUGGGAUAUCCUACCAUAUUCUAUAAUACCAUUUAUUUGACCUGAGCUUUUUGUUGAAGUUGCAGCUAGUGUCCUGGGUGCCCUUUUUGGCUGCUGUCUGAUAUUGUAAAUUUGGACCAAAACCAUUAAUCGAUUAAGACAAAAUUCAGCAUAUACACCGACCCUCCAGGAAUGCAGUUGUGUAGCCCUCAGAAGACUGCUUCCAUUUUAAGCAUGGUCUGUCACAGAUAACACAUUGAGGGUGGGUGAGGGGGGGGGGGGGGGCAACUGUGUGUCCCCUGAGUUCCGGAAAGGAUAGACGGUACUUCUGUAAAUAAAGCAAAUAUGUUUAUUUUUUUAAAGCAUUACCUUGUGCUAGCACACAUGGGUAACCCUCUCCCCUCUGUAAGGGGGAACAAGAAUGAAAUUGCCUUUGUUCUUCUUUGGAAUGAGAGCUAAGCCUAACCCUAAGUUUUUUGAAAAAAUAUGUACUGCGCAUGUCAUUCAUGUACUGGUUAUUUCUGUACACAUGUACUGAAAAGGGCUGUUUUUAUGUUGGAAGAAAGUGUUUUUUUCCCAUCGUUGUGAUAAUUGUAAAUACGUGUAGAUAAUUUCAGCAGGACUAAGGAGCUUGGCGCAGGCCUCUAGUGUUAAUGCUUCAAGAAACAAGGAGAAGAUGUGGAAAUGAAGCUGUCAGUAAACUGUGGCACAGCGUGCUAACUCUCACUCUGUACUGUAUCAUGUACCUGUCCAGCAUGGCAAAGAAUGAGGCCCUUUACAUUUUAAAUGAAGAAUCCGUGUUUGUUGUUCUUCUUUUUUUUACGUUACAAGUUUUCAGUGAGGUAUUUCUCUGUCAGGACUCCACUGGGCGAGCUAACACAAAAACUGGCCCCUCGCAUUGCAAAGAAGCGGUCUGUUAGGACUGUCAUUGCUGCUCUCCGGCGCCAACUAGUGGGCCGGAUGCCUGUCAGCAGCCUGUGAUGUUGCUGGGCAGUUGCUGUGGUGUCUAAGCCAACCAAGUGCAGAGAUUAAGGCCUUCUAAAUUUAUAGAGGAUGUUACAGUGAUGGGACAGUCCUGCAGCUGCGACUGGGCAUUCAGAAUAACAACGAAAAGCAGGGAACGGAGGAGAAAAAAAUGUCGCUACAACAUGAAAGGAAACGAUGAGAGGAACACAUGGCAGGUGUGUAGCCGAAACGUCCCUUGCCACACAUUUUCUGGCUGUGCUGCAGUGGAGCUGAUUCCCUUCACGUUAUUGUACCCAGUUUGUACAUUUUUGUGUUUCUGUAGUUUUUAUUUGUUUUCUGAAAAUCUUUUUUUUUUUUUUUUUUUUGGUAGAUCUAAAAUGAAAUAGUUCUGUCAUAAAACAUCAAACUGUACUGUGAUUUUUUCUGUGUAAGCCAUAUGCAGUAUAGAUGAAGUGCUUAGUGUCAGUAUUGUCACAUGACAGGUCUUAAAUCUUUCUUAGGAUUAAAUGUACAUGUAAUCGUACUGGCCCGGAGUUAGUGAAUUCACCAUUAAGUUUAACCUACCAAAGUGGGUUAAUUUUCAUGCUCGUUAUGUCUACCAGAUGAAUUGUUGUUGAUUAUAAGACAAUUCUUUUUUUUUUUUUUUUUUUUUUACAUCUGUCAGGUGGUUUCUGAUAACCUUGUGUUUUUGAUUCAGAACAUUCUUAAAAAGUGCACUGUAGCAAUGGUACUUGUCUGUAACUGGCUUUGAGUUCUCAGACACUACAGUUAAAUAGUUCUUUAUUUUUUUAAAAGAAGGCGGCAUUAGCAUCGUGCAGCGGAUGGAUUCCAGCGUGCGUUUAAUAAUCGUGCAUUUAACAGACGUGAGACCACAGGAACAAAUGGCAGCUCUUGGAGAGUAUUUUUAAAGAAACUUUUGUCUUCGUGUAAAAAAUGGGCUCCUUGUUUAAUAUAUUGAGAAAAUAUUCAGAGAUUAAUUUCACUUUUUUUUGUAACAAUUGAAUAGUCCAGGAUAAGACAGCAUUGUGAAAUAGCCUGUUCCCGAGACUUCUGUUAUAGCCUCUUUCAUUCAUCCAUUCAGUAACAUUUGUUAUACAGUGUUUUUUUGUAAAGAUAUCAAGCAAUUGUAUUUUUGUAUGUGUCAAUAAAAGUAUUACAUGUA